AAACUAGGACUUGCGUGGCAAAAUCACUGCAGAACCUUGCUUGCCUUGCCAAACUCCCGUUUCCUUGUUCACCAAGUUAUGAACUCAAGUAAAUAGCCAUCAGGAGCAUCCUUCUCUGAGAGUUCAGAGGAUUAUGAAAGUCUGCGCAUCAUCAACAUCUACAAUUUGCUUCGGGUACUCGGAAAAAGAAAAGAUAGAGCUGGCUACAAAAAUUGACACCAAGGAAAAUGAUGAGACAAACCGACAUUUUUAGUGAUGGAGAGUUUGAAGCAUUGAUCGCGGCAGCUGCUUAUGCCAUCACCUUACUCGAAGAAAAAGACGGUCCACAGAAACAGAGAGGAUCGGUUAAAUUUUCUGAAGAGACUCUGCCUAAAGCCAAAAGCAGAAAUGAAGAUGCCAAGGUAAAGCUAAACAGUUUUCGCGGAUCCUUCAAGAAAUGGUUUUCUGAUCAGGGAGCAAAAGAAGAUGAAAAACCUGGAGUCUCAGGUGACAGUUUCACAAGGAAACCAGAAAUAGAAGAGCAAAUCAAUCGGGAAGACCCCAGCGCAAAUAACAGUAUCACAGAGACGGCAAGGGAUAGCACCCCCGAUACAAAAAAGACACCAUCUUUCACUGAUAACCAUCUAAAUGGCACAGGUAGUAAGAGGAGUGACAGUGGAAAAGAAACGAGACCGAGUCUUCCAAGAGCUCCGUCAGCCAAAAUACUUCCGACUUCAUCAUUUGGCAGGAGGACACAGGGUGAAUACUCGCCAGACAAAAAUAAAACAGAAGAUGAAGCUGACGCUUGGGAGAGAGAGAAUAACGCACAAGAAGAAGCAGACGCUUGGGAGAAAGAACAGAUGAUUAAGAUACGAAAACGGUUUGAUAAGAUGAUGUCCAUGAUCGUGGAAUGGGAGAAUGAGAAGAAGGCGAAAGCCAAGAGUCGUUUAGAGCGCAAAGAGAAUGAACCAGAACAGACACGAGCAAAGGCCUUGCAGAAAUACGAAAACGAGAUAUCAAGAAUUGAAAAAGUUGCCGGUGAUGCAAGAGCACUUGCAGAAGAGAGAAAAAGAAACGAUGAAACAAAAGCAAGGGCAAAGGCUGAAAAAAUAAGGUCUACAGGCAAAAUGCCCCGUGCUUGCUGCUGCUGUUGAACGAUCAAUAACAUGGCAACAAAACACUAACGCUUCGAACUCCAUUGGAUAAUGAAAUUUUUUCAUUCUUUCUACAGCAUUCGAAUCAUGUAUUGGACAAGCUAUGUAUAAAAGUUUCUACAAGUGGUUUAUAUAA